GGCAGCUCCACGUCGUGAUUAUCUUCCAUCAACGAAUGAACAUUCCUAGAAUGAAUGCAAGCGUAGCGAUCGACCAUCCCCAAACCCUUUCCCCGCAUAUCAUCACACGCUGGAUGGGAUCACAAAAUCUGGGGUUUAUGGUGCGGAUCGGCGUGCGCGAAACCGUAGUCCAGGGAACUAGCGGUAAAACAAACAGGCUAAUCAUAACCUCUAGGGCUUGGCCACGGAUGCAGAGAUUAGCAGGGUCUGGCCUGCUGGCAGUUGGUAGACACGGGAGUGAGAAUGGUUCGUGGCGUGCAUAGACCGCCACUUCCCUUUGUUGGUCUCGCUCUUGGCGGAGGUCAUGGACCCGUUGUCAAUGAGAUGCCGCCAACUUUGUUUCAUGGGGAGAAUGUUGUGCCAGAGCUUGUACAGUUGGUGCUAGGCCUGGUCAGACCGCCAUGCCCACGACGUAUAGAAUUGUCACUGCACUGUGUGGAACGGUGGUCUUUGACCUGUUCUGCGUGUUGGGAUACUGGCCAGGAGGCGUUUUGAGGUUGUACCAAUAAGAUGCCCAUUCGCUGGACUUUGGUCCUUUUUCUAGCAGGGAUUCCCA